AUGGGCUCGGACGUCUGGGUCGGGCCUUGGAGACCCCACCGGCCUCGUGGCCCCAUCGCGGCGCUAUACAGCGGCCCCGGGCCCAAAUACCAGCUGCCGCCCAACACCGGCUAUCUCCUGCACGACCCGUCGCGGCCUCGAGCUCCAGCCUUCACCUUCGGCGCGCGGCUGCCCACACAACGACCCACCUGCGGCCCGGGUCCCGGCCACCUUGUGCCGGCUCACAUGACCGCGCGUGGCCUGGACUGUGCCCCCGCCUACUCCAUCCUGGGCCGCCCGCGGGACUCGGCUCCCUUCGUCACGCCAGGACCCGGCAAGUACUUCCCGGAACGUGCAGGGAAUGCGACCUACCCCUGUGCGCCCCGACACACCAUCGCCCCCCGGAACUGGGGUGUCUGCUUGGAGCAGCAGACCCCAGGCCCGGGCGCCUACUCUGUGCCCUCGCUCCUGGGCCCCCGCGUGAUCGGCAAGGUGUCAGCUCCUACAUAUUCCAUCUACGGGCGCAGCGCGGUGGGCAGCUGCUUCGAGGACCUUAGCAAGACCCCCGGCCCCUGUGCCUACCACGUGGUGAAUCCCGGCGUCUACAAGGCCAGGGCUCCACAGUUCUCCAUGCUGGCCCGCACAUCUGCCCCCCAAGACAGUACGCAGAACCCUGGGCCCGCAGCCUACAACGUGGACCAGCCUCGGAAACCUCGCGGCUGGAGCUUCGGGAUCCGGCAUUCGGACUACCUGGCCUCGACCCUGGCAAAAAUGGACAACUGACCAACCCCG